AUGCCGCCGCCUCUGCCCUGCCGGAGCUGGACGCUGGCGCUGCUGACCCUGCUCGUGGGGAUCCUCAUCUUCGCGGACAUCUCGGAGAUCGAGCUGGAGCUGGGGAAUUCUGGCGGCAGAGGGGCCAUCCGAUCGGCGGUGAACGGCUUACAUAGCAAAUCUAAUAGAGCUGAAGUGGGAAUAAAUGGCUCUUCGCCUCCAGCUGCUGUUGACAGAAGCAAUGAAAGCAUUAAGCACCAUGUUCAGCUGGGCCCGUCCAAAUGGAAACACAACCAGACUCUCUCUUUGAAGAUCAGAAAACACAUCUUGAAGUUUCUGGAUGCCGAGAAAGACAUUUCUGUGCUGAAAGGGACUCUGAAGCCCGGGGAUAUCAUCCACUACGUCUUCGACCGGGACAGCACAAUGAACGUUUCCCAAAACCUCUACGCACUCCUGCCCAGGACCUCGCCCCUGAAGGGCAAGCACUUCCGGACGUGUGCGAUUGUGGGCAACUCGGGCAUUCUCCUGAACAGCGCCUGCGGGGAGGAAAUCGAUGCUCAUAACUUUGUGAUAAGAUGCAACCUUGCUCCGGUGCAAGAGUACACCCAGGACGUUGGGAUGAAGACAGACCUGGUGACGAUGAACCCUUCGGUCAUCCAGCGUGCCUUCGAGGACCUGGUGAACGACACCUGGCGGGAGAAACUGCUGCAGCGGUUGCACAGCCUCAACGGCAGUAUCCUCUGGAUCCCCGCGUUCAUGGCUAAAGGGGGCAAAGAACGCGUGGAGUGGGUCAACGAGCUCAUCCUCAAACAUCACAUCAACGUUCGCACCGCCUACCCCUCUCUGCGCCUCUUGCAUGCCGUCCGAGGGUAUUGGCUGACCAACAAAGUGUAUAUUAAACGCCCAACCACCGGUCUGCUGAUGUACACCCUGGCGACUCGCUUCUGUAACCGGAUUCAUCUCUACGGCUUCUGGCCUUUCCCCCGGGACCAGGACCAAAACCCCGUCAAGUACCACUACUACGACAGUUUGAAAUACGGCUACACGUCGCAAGCCAGCCCGCACACCAUGCCCUUGGAGUUCAAAGCGCUGAAGACCCUGCACCAACAGGGCGCCUUGAAACUCACGGUGGGGGGGUGCGAGGGGGCCACGUAGAGACGGGGUCCCUGGGGGCUCACUUUUCUUGACAGGAGGUCUGGGGAGGGAGAGCCCGGGAAGAGCAGCGAUGGGUGGAAAUGGUUUUCUUAACGCACAGAACGGGGACCCGAGUUUAUAGACAUGGUACCAUUAUAUGUCUUUGGGGUUCAUAAAGGGAAGCGCCAGGGGGCUGCUGGGAGACGCAGCCCGGGAGAGGGAAGGCAGUUUGGUGCAGGAGAAGAGCUUGGUUCUUGCGGCCUUCCCCCCGAAGCUUGGAAAGUCAAUGUGGUCUGUAUGGGUACUUUUAGCGUGACGAGUUGAUGUUAGGCCCGUGUUGUGAGUGGUCUAGAAUUGGUAGCUAGGAUCCGUUUGGCCGGGAAGCCGGGCUUCCGGCUCGUGUUGUGUUCUUGCUUAGUGGUUUUGAGAGGGACUUGGGGGUGGGGUGGAUUCCCGUGAUCCGGCGAAAGAGCAGAGAGGGACCGGACGCGCGAGAAAGCUGCUGGGGGCCAUUCUCUGGAAGAGUUUGCUUCCUGGGGCGUCAACUGGAUCAUACAACUCCAGUUUCGAGCUGUUUCUGAAACAUUCUGCAGACAGUGACAAUUCUUUCCGAAACUGGCUGCCGGUUUUUCAGUCGAGAGAGGCAACCGAAGAUUCGUUAACGGUGAAUUCGUCUUAUCUUUUUUUAAAAAUAUACAAUGAGAGAAAGCGUGAGGACCUCAAGAAAACAAUGACUUUUAAGAAGAAGAUUGAAAGGAUUUAAGACUCUGUAGCUUGGCUUUUGAAUUUUUUUCCCCCUUGUUAAGAAUUGUUUGUGAAACAGGA